GGUACCAACGAGACGCGCGGGGCGGAGCGGCCCCUCCCCCCCCGCCGCCAUCAUCGAGGAGCCGGAGCGGCGGCGGCGGCGGCCGGAGGGGCCGGGCAGAGCGGCCAUGACGUCAGCAUCGACUAAAGUCGGGGAGAUUUUCUCGGCCGCCGGCGCCGCCUUUUCCCGUCUGGGGGAACUGACGAUGCAGCUGCACCCGGGCACCGACAGCUCCCCCGCGGGGUCCCGCUGGACGGAGCCGGAGCUGGCGCUGCUCCGCGGGGCCGUGUCGCGAUUCGGGGAGGACCUGAACCGCCUCAGCGCCCUCAUCAAGGACCGCACGGUGGCGCAGCUGAAGGCGGCGGCCAAGCGCAAAGCCUACGAGGACAGCGGGGUCCCCCUGCCCCCCCCCGCCGCCGACUCCCCCAAAAAGGGACCCCGAAAAAACCCCCUCAGCUCUGGGGGGGCCCCCCACGACCCCCCCGGGCCCCCCUCGAAGAAGAUGAAGGCGGCAGAGCCCCCCCCGAGUGACUCCGACCCCCCCGGGGACCUCGUGGACGUCGAAGGAUUUGGGGACCCCCCCCCAAAGAAGCUGAACUUCGACCAGGCCUGAAGUUGGAGCCCCCCCCAGGACCCCCCAAAAAACCCUCUGGACCCCCCCAAAAUCCCAAAUUUCUCCCUGACACCCCCAAAUUUGGGGGGACCCCAAAAUCCCCCUCCCCAAAUUUUGGGAUCCCCCCCACAAUUUUUGGGGUCUCCCUCAAGAGACUCCUCCCAGUUUUGGGGUCCCCAAAUUUGGGGGACCCCCCCACUCCGUUGUCAUCCCCAAUAAAAUUUUGGGGUGUCCCCCCACUUU